UGGUGCUGGCUACGCGCCGCUCCUGCCGCGGCACGGCCAGACCUGGGGCUCUGCCGAGAACGUCCCGGCUCGUUGUCUGGCAGCGCUCCGCACCGCUGUUGUUGCGGUCCGGUCUCCGCCAGCGCUGCCGGGCUGCCCGCUCCGGUUCCGCGGCCCCGAGGGAGGGGCCCGGGCGGCACUCGCUGCCGCGAGGUCGCUUGGCCAGCACAGACGCUCCAGCCGAUCCGCAGAAAGCCUGGAGAGAAGCAGCAGUGAUCAGAGCCGAACCAAAAAUGAUAGCUGCAGGAAAAUUUUCAAGUCUUCCCAGAAACAGCCCAGUGAACCACCAGUUCUCAUUAGCUUCUUCCAUGGACCUUUUGACCACAAAACCUUCACCAAUUGAGCAUCAUUCAAACUCCUUCCAAGGCAUCUCUAUCCAUGGCACUCUGCCCAGGAAGAAGAAGGGAACAAUUCCCUCUAGGUCUUGUGAUAUGUUUAGCCACGUGGGAGCAUUGCCUUACACCAGAGCAUGGCAGCAGCCACCUUUUGUAGAGGAUGUUAUAGAAGAGUACCCUCCAGACAAUGGAAAGAGCAGCGAACUCCAUGCCAGAGAUAAGACUAUUCUGGAUCCUACGUUGGAAUACGUUAAGUUUUCUAGGGAGAGGCAAGUUAUGGACAAGAGCCCGGAAAAGCUGAAGAAGGAGUUAGAGGAAGAGCUGCAGCUGAGUAGUGAAGACUUGCGUAGCCAUGCCUGGUACCACGGACGUAUUCCCCGGCAGGUGGCAGAAGGCCUAGUUCAGAGAGAUGGAGAUUUUCUGAUUAGGGAUUCUCUCUCCAGUCCUGGGAACUUUGUUCUUACCUGUCAAUGGAAAAAUACCCCUCAGCAUUUUAAAAUCAUCAAAACAGUUCUAAGACUCAAUGAAGCCUACUGUCGUGUUCAGUAUCAGUUUGAGCUGGAAAGUUUUGACAGUGUCCCUGGCUUAGUCAGAUACUAUGUUGGGAAUCGCACACCAAUAUCAAAGCAGAGUGGAGCAAUUAUUUUUCAGCCUAUCAACAGGACUGUGCCUCUCAGGUGUCUAGAAGAAAAAUACGGUGUAACUCCAGCCCAACAAAAAGAGCCAAGAACCCCUGAAGGAAAAAUGGAAAGUGCAAAAAGGUUGAGUCUUGGUAUAUCCAGCAUGCAGUCCCCGGAGCAGAGCAUGCCCAGAGGAAAUCUGCUGAGAAACAAAGAAAAAAGUGGUAGCCAGCCAGCUAGUUUGGAUCAUGUUCUGGAGAAAAGAUUCCCUUUAAAGGCUCACCAGUCAGAGAGCUAUCUGCUAAUAGGUUCAAGACACCCAUCUCGAUUACCUGAAGCAGAUGCAAACUCCUGUCCAAGCUCACCUGCAUUUAGAACAGGCAGUGAACCAUCCCUAAGCCCCACAGUUGUUCAGAAAGUCACCUCAGAGUCACAGCUAGGGGAAGCUCUUAGAGGAUCAGACAGUCAGCUCUGUCCAAAGCCUCCACCUAAACCCAGCAAAACCCCCCUGAUGAAGCUCCCAGAUUCUCCUUUGGCUUCCCACAGCUCUGAAGGACACUAUUGUGAACUAAACCCUGCCAGACAUCCUACAGCAGCAAAACAACACUUGUCUCAGAAAAACAGCUAUGUGGAACAUCUAACACAAAAGGAGAGGGCAACAUUCAGGAACUCUGAAACAAGCUAUUUGAUCCUUGAUGAUGAUCCUACAAUGAACCCUACAGAUCCUUUAAAAGCUCAGAUGGCUGAAGAAGGCAACAUCUUUUCUGCACCUGUUUAUGAGACAGUGUCUAGUUUUAAACCGAAUGAUUUUGAAUCCAAACUGCUUCCUCCUGAAAACAAGCCACUGGAAACAUCCAUGUUAAGAAGAGUUAAGGAGCUCUUCACCAACAAUAACCCAAAGAUUAUUGCACAGCAUAUUCUUAGAAUGGACUGCAAGGUGGCAAGGAUAGUAGACGUUUCUGAAGAGAUGAGGAGGAAUAUGGGAGGGAACUCUGGCCUUGAACUGAUCACCUUGCCUUACGGACAUCAGCUGCGCCUUGACCUGAUUGAGAGGCACAAUACCAUGGCAAUAGGAAUAGCUGUUGACAUCUUGGGUUGCACAGGAAAUGUAGAAGAUCGAGCAGCAACAUUAAACAGGAUCAUCCAAGUUGCCGUGGAGUUGAAGGAGUCACUUGGGGAUUUAUAUGGAUUUUCUGCCAUUAUGAAAGCACUGGAAAUGCCACAGGUCAGUAGAUUAGAACAAACCUGGACGGCUCUAAGACACUGUUAUACCCAGACUGCCAUUAUGUAUGAAAAACAGCUGAAACCAUCUUGCAAAGCUUUGCAUGAAGGACAAGAUGAGUGGACUAAAACUAUCAGUGCUCCACAGAACAGCAACAUAACAGUGCCACUGCUGAUGCCUCUUGUUACCUUGAUGGAGCGCCAAGCUGUUGCUUUUGAAGGCAUGGAGCUGUGGGAAAGCAGUGACCAAAAUGGUGAAAUAAUGCUCAGGCACUUGGGCACAGCUCGCCUGAUCGCCCAGCACGCCGAGACGUUUCGCCUGACGGCAGAGCAGCUGCUACAAGGUUUCCAGCCAGAUGAAGAGCUGAGUGAAAUCUUCAAGACAGAAUUUCAAAUGAGAUUGCUCUGGGGCAGCAAAGGAGCACAAGUUAAUCAAAGUGAAAGAUACGAGAAAUUCAACCGGAUCUUAACCGCACUUUCCCGAAAACUGGAACCUCCUCCAGUGAAGCUGGUGGAACAACUAAGUAUAUAAGACUCUGGAAACACUAUUUAAGUGAUAUACUUGAAAUAACCUCAGCAUUCUUUUGGCAAUUUGAUACUGCACAAACUUCUUACAUUUCACAAGAUGUUUAGAACUUUUAACUGCACAAGGCACACUUGUUUUAAAACUACUGAUUUCUAAACAAAUUAUUUAUUUACUGUGUCACCAAGUCAUAUACUGAUCCCUUUAAACAGUUAGGUUAUCCCUUUAUUUCCCCAAAGUUGCAAUGUUUUAGUGAUGCCAAGAAGUAAGGGCACUGGCAUCUUAAUAUUAAGAUGAAGCAAAUAGUGUAAAUAAAAUGGUAGAUUAAUUAUCUGAUAUGGCAGGAAGUUUGCUGUAUAAUAUUCCUUUAAUGAAUAUAAAAAACACUGUAGAUAGAAUUGUGAAGUGUAUCUUUAUGGAAAAUAAUUUGCAUAUUUACAAAUCACAGAAACACUGCACAUUGCAGAAACGAUCCUUUAUCUGUAACCAGAAGGCUCAAACAUCACUGUGCCUAUGAAACUAAUCUGUGUAUGUGCUGGGACAACUUCCCCUUUUUUUUUAAGAACGGCAUCUGUCGUACUUCAGCUUUUGCUGGGGCCUGCACAACAGCUAUGCUGCCAGGAAUGAAUGAUGAAAUGGCAAGAACAAACAAUCCAGAUAAUUAAAAUGCUUUCAGACAUGAGUAAA